CGUCUGGCCUCUGCACCCGUCGUCAAACCUGAAAACGACAUUCCCCUAACUGAUCAAUGCGCCGGUCGUCAGCUGAACUUGUCUCAUGCUGAGACGAGAAGUCAGAGGUAACAUGGUCGCACAAUGCAAUUCUUCGGUUACCCUACCACUUUAGUGCCAGACCGCCGAAGAAACUCAACGCACGCACACUAAAAAAGCACAGAUAGCUUCCCACUAUCUCGAACCAGUCCAUCUCCCCCUCGAAUCACUCCUGAAUCAUCGCCACCCACGACCUCUAUAAAUUCCAGGAGCGUGACGAGGAAGAGAGAGAUAGGGCGAGACAAGUUCUGGAGAGAGGAUUCCAUUGCACAACGAAAAGAUGGCAGCAGUGGAGGAUGACUCGUGCAGGAGGGCGGGCUCGAUACCGUUCAAGUGGGAGGUCUGCCCUGGGACGCCGAAGAACACGAGGAGCGCGAGCGCCGCGGCGGCGGCAUCGCCCGCCAAGGUGGCGCCCAAGCUGACGCUGACGCCGCCUCCCUCCAUGGCGUCGUCGCCGUCGCCGUAUUACCACCAUUCGACGGCUUCGUCGCCUCGCGUCACCUCCGCGCGUUCGGCGUCUGUGUCACCUUCCCGGCGCCGGCCCUACGCGUAUGCCGGCGGUCACCGCCGAGCGCCGCCCACCGCCUUCAUCGACGCCGAGCCUCGGCCAGCGGCGAAGCCUGAACCCGAUACGGCGGCGUUUGGGUGCUUCGCUCUGCCUAUCCUCCGGAGGAAAGGCAGCAAGAAAGGCGCGGGCUUCGGGUCCGCGUCCAGCUUCAGCUCCAGCUCCAGCUCGUCGGGAGGCAGCUUCAGGUCGGACGGCGGCGGGCUGGGGAUGCGGCGGUCUGCAUCGAUCUCAUCAGCCUCGUCGUUGCCACUGCCGCCCGGGAGGAGGUACGCCGCCGAAGCGAGGGCGGAGGUGGAUGCUGCAACUGGCCGUGGCUGGUACUUCUGAGUUUUUGUGUUUUGACUUUUGAGUGGACGGCGACCGGCCAGCACGGGCAGGAACGCUGCCCAGCAUUGUUGAAGUGGUACAGGAAGGAAGAUAUAGCCUUGUGUGAUCUGUGAUGAGAUGCCGAGAUUUGAGAGCCCAGCUUUAAUUUGUAAGAAUAGAUGGAGACUGUUUGCUUUA